GAGUUAGGCAUGGUGGCCAUGUCUGAAACGCCAGCAUGGAAAGCUGAUUCAAGCUGAUUCAUUUACCUGGUUAAAAGAGUUUCAGCUUUUUGCCUGUGUCUGGUUCUUUAUCAUCCAUCUGGGCAUUUCUUUUCCAAGGUUUUCCUUAUAAACCUGAAUUACUCAGGGUUUCCCCCCACCCAUUCUUUACACGAUUUGUGAGAAAAGAGUUUAUCUACUUAACCCUAGGAUUGUUACCCUGGGAUUUAUAGUAUCUCUUCAACAGCUGUUUAGACAGUUCCUACUUUGCUGGGUGCCUGGCCCAUGGCAGGUAUUCUAUAUGCGGUGGCCCAUCUGACCACUUCCGAACUUCAUGCAUCCCAUCCCACAGGUGAUGUUAUAAGUCAACAGGAGAUGUUAUAAGUCAAAGGAAACACAGCUAAAGGUCAAACUGGAACUUCCAGAGGUGCCUUAAAGGAAGAGUUUAGAGUAGAUUGAGUGUGCAUAAGGGAAAGAUUUAGCCCAGUGGAGCUGGGUUCAUCCUUCUAGAAUUAUGUCUUUAACACUGUCCUGUCCAUCCCAAGUACUCCCGGCUUUAUCCAUCUUGCUCCCUCCUCCUCCUCCUUCCUUCCAGAGAGAGCAGUGGAAGUCCCCGUAGCGUUGAAUACACGUAGCAAUGUAAGCUUAUUGCUAGGUGGGCUCAGAUGCUACAAGGCAAACACUGAGUGUGUGUUUUCCAGUUCCUAAGCAGGAGGGGAAUUGCACUGCUCUGAAGAUGUUGGUGCUGAACUGUUCCUCCAAGCUACUGACACUGGAAAAGAUGCUGAGGAGUCAUUUUCCGGAGUCACUCAAGGUUUACGGAGCAGUGAUGAACAUCAAUCGUGGAAAUCCCUUUCAAAAGGAAGUGGUAUUGGACUCAUGGCCAGACUUCAAAGCUGUCAUCACCCGGCGACAGAGAGAGGCUGAGACGGAUAACCUUGACCAUUACACCAAUGCCUAUGCUGUGUUCUAUACGGAUGCCAAAGCUUACCAACAGCUAUUGGGAGAACAUGGUGUUAUUAACUGGGACCAAGUUUUUCAAAUACAAGGGCUGCAGAGUGAGCUCUGUGAUAUUUCCAAGGCUGUUGCCAGUUCGAAGCAGUUGGAUGUAAAGCUGACCUCCUUCAAGGCUGUUCAUUUUUCUCCUGUUUCCUCUCUGCCAGACACCAGUUUCCUAAUGGCGUCUCCCCCGCGACUUACCUACCUGAGUGUUUCUGACGCAGAUCUCCUCAACCGGACUUGGUCUCGAGGUGGCAAUGAACAGUGUCUCCGAUACAUUGCCCGGCUCAUCUCCUGCUUCCCCAGUGCCUGUGUGCGCGAUGACAAGGGACAGCCCGUGUCCUGGGGCAUCACAGACCAGUUUGCCACCAUGUGCCAUGGCUACACUCUGCCUGACCACCGCAGGAAAGGCUACAGCAGGCUGGUGGCGCUCACACUGGCCAGGAAGCUGCAGAGCCGGGGGUUUCCUUCCCAGGGAAACGUCCUGGAUGACAACACAGCCUCUAUAAACCUGCUGAAGAGCGUCAAUGCUCACUUCCUGCCCUGCCGUUUUCAUAGGCUUAUCCUUACCCCUGCACCUUCUUCCCGUCAAGCUCUCCUUUAGCCCAGGGAAACCCCCAGGAAAUUCCUAACUUUCCCUGCACACACACACACACACACACUCACACAGACA